GCAACGCGAAAAAAAAGCCCAAAAAAGCGAAAGGAGAAUAAUUAUUUGGUGGCCGUGGGAUGGAGAGGGUGAGCAACAAAUGGAUGGCCACAGUGGCAGGCAUAUGGAUCGAGUGUAGCUGCGGCUUGUACACCUUCACCAUCUACUCCUCAGUAUUGAAAUCUAGCCAAGGCUACGAUCAAUCAACGCUCGACACUGUGUCCGUCUUCAAGGACAUCGGCGGCAACGUCGGGAUCGUCGCCGGCGUCUUAUACUCCUUCGUAACAUUCCGUAACCGUAGCCAUGGCCACCGCUCUAGUUUUGGUGGGCCAUGGGUGGUCCACCUGGCGGGGGCGAUCCAGAACUUCGUUGGCUACUUUCUAAUAUGGGCUUCCGUCGUGGGGUUAAUCCAUCGGCCCCCCGUGCCGUUGAUGUGCUUCUUCAUCUUCUUGACGGCUCAUGCUCAGGCUUUCUUUACCACAGCCAACACCGUUUCUGGCGUGCAGAACUUCACUUACUGUCGGGGGACCAUUGUGGGCAUCAUGAAGGGAUUUCUUGGUAUCAGUGGAGCAAUAGUAAUCCAAGUGUACGACACAUUCUGCAAGGGCCAGCCGAGCGCCUUCCUGCUGAUUCUUGCUCUGUUGCCUACGUCCGUCUCCCUCGUACUUAUGUUUUUUGUGAAAAUCUAUGAUAAAGCAAACACAAGUGAUGACAAGAAGCACUUGAAUGGUUUCACUACAGUAGCUCUGAUCAUUGCUGUUUAUCUCAUGAUUCUAAUCAUUUUGGAAAACGUCUUCACUUUGCCAUCAUGGGCACGCAUUUUUACCUUCACACUUCUUUUGCUUGUACUUGCAUCACCACUUGGAAUUGCAAUCAAAGCCAUGGAUCCUGUUGCAUAUCAUGAACUUCCUGGUGGUGAGAGUGCUGAAGUUAAUGCUGCUUUAGAUGACACAACUCCGCCUGAUGAAGAGAGCAUGAAUCUUUUGCAAGCCAUGUGCACUGUAAACUUUUGGUUAUUGUUUAUUGCCGCGGUAUGUGGAAUGGGCUCCGGGCUAGCUGUGAUAAAUAACUUCACUCAAAUAGGAGAAUCUCUCGAUUAUGCUACUGUGGAGAUUACCAGUUUAGUCUCUUUGUGGAGUAUAUGGAGUUUUUUUGGCCGUCUUGGAGCUGGGUAUUUGUCGGAUUAUUUACUGCACACAAGGGGCUGGGCAAGGCCAGUUUUGAUGGCAAUUACUCUAGCAGGAAUGGCGGUUGGUCACUUUCUUAUUGCUUUUGGUUUCCCCGGAAUUUUAUACGUGGGUUCGAUCCUAGUCGGAAUCUGCUACGGUUCACAGUGGUCGCUAAUGCCGACGAUCGCUGCAGAUAUUUAUGGUGUCAGGCACUUGGGUACUAUUAUCAACACUUUAGGCAUAGCAAUUCCUCUUGGGUCUUACAUUUCCUCUGUGAGAGUUAUUGGGUAUUUUUACGAAAAGGAAGCAAGCGGCGAAGAUGACUCCUGCUUCGGUACUCACUGCUUUAUGCUAUCUUUCCUGAUUAUGGCAUCCGUUGUCUUUCUGGGUUUUCUUGCUGCCAUUGCAUUGUUCUUUCGCACCAAGAGUUUCUAUCAACAGGUUGUGCCCAAAAGGUUAAAGAAUUCUGUAACAUGAUCGACGAGACUUUGGGCACGGGGAAACAGUAUUGAGAUUCGUGCACGGAGUGCGAUACAUUUUAUCUAGAUUAUUUGGUGGUCGGAGUACUACCUCCUUGGCCAAGGCCUCAAACCGCUAUAUGUGGUGGCUGAACCUGCCAUGUGAUUUAGUAUAAUGGUUUGGGCACCGUAACAACCAUACUUUCUCUUGGGAAACAAAUUCUCUGGAGAGCCUACAAAGAGUGAUAAGGAUAGAAAUCAUUGAUGAUUUGAUUACCGUAAAACAAGAGAUUUAAAUCUAUUUGAAUACCAUAGUUAGUGCAUUUCCAGCAAUAAUAGCCAAAGUAGCUAUUUUAGCUAUUCAAAUA